AUGCUCGUUGAGGAACUGAAGACGCUGCGAGAGGGCAUUCUCCCUCUAGAGCUGGACCCACUGCGAGUUGCCAUCCGUGGAGAAGCAGUUCCCGACGAUUUCCCGCAUGAGUUGGUUUACAAGUGUCUGGUCGCAGGCAUUCGGUAUCACGACGGCUUCGCUAUCGAACUUCGUGGCAAACACCUGCACCAAUCUUUGGAACGAGCCUUUCAUGCUAGGGACAUCAUGAGUAACCGGAUACCCGAGAUGGAGAAGCCAGAACAGAUACCAUACUGCUUCUGGCACCCCGACGUCCCCAGCCAAGAAACCUUGCGACAGCUCUUGAAGGUCCAUCCUACCAUGUUCAUGCGCUACAAGAUUGGCCGAGCGUGUGCUGCUGGUGGAUACACGGAGCUUUACAAAGAGCUAGAUCUUCUUCCUGAUGUCGCCAUUACAGAGGAAGCCCGCGAUAAUUUACCUGCCUCUCAAGGUAUUUACGAUCUGGUAAUGGGUGCAAAAAGCCUCUACCGCGUAAUGGACGAUUACAAUCUUUGUCUAUUUGACGAGCCCGAAGCCGGAGUCUUUCUGAACGGCGAUACCUGUGUUCGGUCGACACUGGACAAGAGGCAGCCAGUAAACCACGAAAUCUUCCCUCCUCCGUUUGACAUCACCGAAGAUUGGUGCGUUGCGGCCGACGGGAAACGGCUGGAAGAGAGGGCAAUUCCAACCGAGACGCUCGCUCCACUCUACGCUCCCUUGCCACGACACCUACCCACGGUUGACAAAGACAUCCUCAUUCUCGUGGCCGCUUUCACUGGAAACAUUGACCGUUACGUGCAACUAAGACGACCUCGCCCUGUCAAUGGCGAAAUGCAGUGCAUAGUGCGCGGUUUCUACCACAACACCCUUUUCGCCAAGUGGUGCUAUGAACAACCAGAGCUAGCUGUGCUCCAGAAGUUUGUUCACGCGCGAUUCAUCAUGAACGACGAUCUGACGUGGCUAAACAACGAGAGGCCUUUCACCAAAGAAGAUGUGCCGCACACGUAUUAUAUGGUAUCCUCAGAUAGCCAACCGGACAACGUAUCUGGAGCUUCUGCAUUUAAUCCCCGAUCUAAAGCAGCUCGUAGUUCAGGCAUUAGUCGUAUCUGA